UUCUCUAAUUCUCACAACAUAUCUGCCAUGGGAGACAUGCCACAACACAAAAUUAGGGAGGGCGCAAUCAUGGUGAAGCCAUGUAUGUGUUUCCAUACUAGAAAAUGCUUAACCUCUUGAAUUUCUGUCUGCCAUACAGCUGUUAAAGGCACAUGAACCCUGUGGCUGCCAUCCUUUACCUGUUUACCUGUGAGUAAGCCCCAUUACGCCCAUUGGAACUUCCCCUCCCUCUUCUUUCCUCUCCCCAUGGCAGUUAGAUAAAGGCAGCCAAAAAGCAGAGGGGGGAGCAUCAGUAUUUCAUUUACUAUUUUAGAACACACCAAAGCAGCAGCAAUGGAACACAGUUGUUGUUUUAAGAGAAAUUCAAACAAGUGCAGGAGACAAUUGUAUUAGAACAUGAGCUACCAUUUACUGAAUUUACCAUCUUCACCUGUGUCAAAAAGGCUAAUGAGCAACCGAUUCUUAAAAGCCUACUGAAGGAUUUCAUAAUAGCAACCUGUGUUUGUUAUUCUGGAUAUAUUCCCAUAAAGAAAUUCAGGGAAUAGGAGGAAAUAGCUAUGCAGAAACUGGCUUCUUCUUUCCUUUGAUGGGGGUUCCUACUUCAUGGUAUCAGUUUAAAUGGAAACAUAUCUUUGCAAGAUGGUUUGCAUUCCUAAUAAAAGAUCUUUGGUUAAAGCUCACUAUAUUUUACAAAUUGACCUGAUAAGAAGUAAUCAUCUGAGUUCAAUAGGGUUGCUCCCAGGUAAACUAUGCAAAGGAUUAUGAGCCUAAUCAAUAGAACAUUAUGUGGUGUUUGUGUGUGUGUAUGUCAAUAGAUAAUGGAUUAACACAGUUGCUUGCAUUUUUUGUGGGAUAACCAACCUCAUAUAACCAGCAUUCUUAAGUCAAAUUAAUGCAUGAAGGGCUUAAUACCAUAGAGUAAGCUGUCCUGCCAGGCUUAGCUCACCUUGGGAGGGACUAGUAAUCAAGCCUUGAUUCCCCUUCCAGUCUACUUAAGCUCAGCUUGUGAGGAGGCUAAGAUGAUUGCUUCAGUUUAGUCACAUUGCUCUCACAAGCCAUUCUUGUGUUCUUGUAGCGAUAAUUUAUGAACUUUCUCCAUUUUGACUAAGCCAAUUUUUGCUGCCUAUACAACUUUUCUGACUGAUGUACAGUAUGAAAAAAUACAUGGACCUAACCUUUGAAGAAUUUAUUCUCAAGCCUUCAGUACAGGUGGAGAUAUGUUGGAUUAUUUGUUCAAUCUGAGGAGAAUAGACCGGAAAGAUGGGUUGCUGGUCAGCUGGUACCAUGCUGCAAACCGGAAGAGUGAAAUGGAAGAGGCAUUGAAGAGUGACGUUAUGGCCUUGGAAGCUGAUGUCACCGUUGAAGCACAUAACACACCCAAUGAGACAGACACGCCCAUCAUGGCCCAUCCACCUGACAUCUACAGUGAUAACACUCUUCAGGAAUGGCUGGAGGCAGUCCUUAAGUCAUCCAAUAAAGCCAUCAAGCUGGAUUUCAAAAGCAUCAAAGCUGUUGGCCCAUCUCUGGAUAUAUUAGUAAAAACCUCCUCUCAAAUGAAUAUCCACAGACCUGUGUGGCUAAAUGCAGACAUUUUGAGAGGCCCAAAUGUACCUAUUAAUAUUGCAGUCAACGCAAGCCGAUUCCUCUCACUCAUUCAGGAGAAGUUCCCAGACUGCACUCUCUCCCUAGGAUGGUCAACCCUCUAUUUACCUUUCUUUCCAAACAAGACAUACACACAGAAAAUGGUUGAGGACAUGCAUAGCCUCGUAGGGAACCUGCCUCAGCGAAUCACCUUCCCUAUAAGAGCCGUCAUGGCAAGACCAGCCUGGCCUCAUUUGAGCUGGCUUCUCAGCCAGUCUGACAGGUACAGUCUGACUCUCUGGCAAGGGAAGACUGAUCCAGUUACAGUGGAUGAUCUCCUCUUUAUCCGAAAGAAUAGCCAACCUGAACAAAUCUAUUACGACCUUUUUGAACCUGUGUUAACUCAGUUCCGAGACUUGGCAUUUGAGACUAAGCACCAAGAAGCAGGGCAACCUCAUCCAAGUCCCGCUCUUUGUUAUACAUCUGAUAUGCGCUGAUCCAGCAAAGUUUCGAGUUUUUCAUUUAAUUCAGAGACCAGUAAUGUUUCCCCUCUUGGCUCAUUGGCCAACUGAUGAGCUCCAGAAUAGCUUUGACACAGCAGAGAUUCACAUUGGGCAAGGCUCUUCUUGCUUUGCAGCUUUUUCCUGCCCAGAGUCAGAUCACCAGCAGUGGUAUGCUCCAGAAUCUGGUUGACUUCCUUUGUUUUGCAGCUGGAUUGGCAGUUUCACACAUGGACUAGAUGUUCAGGUCCAAGUGUGCUUGUUCCUGGUUCUCAGCACAACAGGAAGUUCAACGUGGCAAGCACCUAGGCUGAUAUCACCAGAUCAACUAAUAUGUUUAAACUCUACUACUUCAGUCAAUGUGUAUACACCAAAAAGGAACCAAUUCAUAGUCCCUGAAGCAACUUCUACAACAAAUAGU